AUGGCGGCCCUCACCCACGCUUCCCGCGCGUGCCUCCGCGCCACCUCGUCGUCGUCGACUGCCGCCCCCGUCCGCGCCCUCAGUACCACGGCCGUCCGCAACGACAACGCGACGACAUGGACCUCGUACAGCAGCCCCUUCAAGGCCGGCACCAGCAAGGCCAACAACGUCCCCGACUUUGGAAAGUACGUCUCGUCGGCCAGCCCCGGCAAGAACAAGCUGUUCCAGUACUUUAUGGUCGGUGGCAUGGGCGCCAUCACGGCGGCUGGCGCCAAGAGCACUGUGCAAGAGUUCUUGGUGAACAUGUCGGCUUCCGCGGAUGUUCUGGCCAUGGCCAAGGUCGAGGUUGACCUUAACACCAUCCCCGAGGGCAAGAACGUCAUCAUCAAGUGGCGUGGCAAGCCCGUGUUCAUCCGCCACCGUACCCAGGACGAGAUUGCCGAGGCCAACAAGGUCAACGUCCAGUCGCUCCGCGACCCCCAGAACGACGACGACCGCGUUCAGAAGCCCGAGUGGCUCGUCAUGUUGGGUGUCUGCACCCACUUGGGUUGUGUGCCCAUUGGCGAGGCCGGCGACUACGGCGGCUGGUUCUGCCCCUGCCACGGAUCUCACUACGACAUCUCCGGCAGGAUAAGAAAGGGCCCUGCCCCUCUCAACCUCGAGGUUCCCGCAUACGACUUCCCCGAGGAUGGCAAGCUGGUCAUCGGUUAA